CUUGACUUCCACUAUCAUGGCAAGGCGCCGAAAGUGGCAGUGUAAUCUAUGCAACCGUACAUUUCGUUCCAUUCAUGCAUUGUUUGGCCACUGUCGCGACAAAGCGGCUGACCACCCCUUCUGCAAGGAUUGCAAGACACUAUUCUAUGAUUUUGCUGGACUGUAUCAGCACAUGAAUAACGUUCAUCGCAGCGACAGUGAAUCAGACGAGUAUGCGUUCGAGAGCGACGAUAUCGAAGAUGAUUACGAUAACGAAGAUGAUUAUGAUGACGAAGAACCGCCGUUCUGCGUGGGAUGCAACAGGUGGUUUGUUGACUUGGCAAAUCUUUAUCAGCACCUUGCUACCAGCUUAAAGCACAACUGGUGCUUUUUGUGCUCGCGCGAUUUUGCCACCCCGACUUCAUUGGAUCAAGCAAACCUGGAUUUCGAGUGUCCUCUGUGCUCAAAGAGAUUUCAGAUUCCUUCCUCGAUCGCCCUUCACAUUCAGUCGGGGGCUUGUCACAAUAUCUCACUAGCCCAAGUAACUGCGGCAGUCCAUGCACUCAAAAUAGUGCCUACGACUUCGGUCUCUCGCCACAUAGAAGGCGGAUCGACCCGCGUUGCGUCUUACUAUGUGACAGAGCGCGCAUUCAACGGCACUGCUUACGAGUGUUAUCUUUGCCACCUUACUUUCCGUACCUUGGGAGCUCUGAACUCCCACAUCAACUCUCCGGUGCAUGACGCGGAUGAGUUCAAGUGCCCAAAGUGCGAGAGGAAGUACAAGUUUGUUUCAGGCCUGAUGCAGCACAUUGAAAGCGAAGCGUGUGGGAUCGCGAGGUUCGAAGUGGUGGAGGACUUUACGAUGAGUUUGAUUGACCAGUUACUAUGAAGCGCUUGAAACUUUAACUUCGUUUGAAAAGGGAAUAUGUACUGUAAGUGUAACAUACAUGGUGUAUUUCUAUGAGAAAGUGAAUUAGAAUCGGCUUGUCUCUU